AUGUCAGUUGUAUUAUUCCAGGAUAUAGGAGGGACAGCAUUAAUGAAGGCUGCCGAGGGAGGACACCUGGAGAUCUGUAGUCUCCUCAUUGAUAGAAGAUGUAAGACCGACAUCACAAAUGUUAUUGGAGAGACAGCAUUAAUGAAGGCUGCCAUGUUUGGAUACCUGGAGAUCUGUAGACUCCUCAUUGAAAGAGGAUGUAAGAUCGACAUCACAGCAGAGUAUGGAUGGACAGCAUUAAUGUGGGCUGCCAGGGAAGGACACCUGGAGAUCUGUCGUCUCCUCAUUGAUAGAGGAUGUAUGAUCGACAUCACAUCAACAACGUAUGGUGGAGGGACAGCAUUAAUGGAGGCUGCCAAGGAAGGACACCUGGAGAUCUGUCGUCUCCUCAUUGAUAGAGGAUGUAAGAUCGACAUCACAGAUAUAAAGGAUGAAUACACAGCUUUACAUCAUGCUGCUGAGAGUGGAUAUCUACAGAUCACAAGAUGUCUGGUAGAACAAGGAGGUGCCAGUUCCUUGAUUAAAACAUAUAAGGGUAAGACUCCAUACGACACAGCAGCAGAAGGGAUGAACGGACAGUAUAAAGAAGUGAUGGAAUACUUACAGACUGUCAUGUCAGAGAAAUCUUCAGGUGUAACUGCUGGACAAGGGAGAGAAGGAAUGGCCUUUAAAUAG